UAUAGAUAUUCUGUGUAUUUUAUCAACCUCAUUGAAGUCUAUUGGGGAACCACAAUACAUCAGCCAUGGAGCCGCACAAACAAUUCCCAUGCUACGGAUUUUAAGACGCACCGUAGAUGGAUUUUCCUACUAGGAGGAAAGGCAAACCAAACAAAGAAGGUAGCAAAGGACGUGGUUCUGGAAGAGGGGGAAGAGGGGGCAGAAGAGGAGGUGGUAGGGGGCGAGGAGCUAACAGAGGAGGAAGAUUCGGAGCAGAACCUGGAGGAGGAGGCGGCGGAGGAAGCAAGAAAAGCUCUAGUAAAGCAUGGGAUGAUGGAGAUGACAUCUGCUUCUCCAGGAAACCGGAGAGACCAGCAAGCUUCAGUUAUGCUAACAGACACGGCCCGCGGACCCGUGGUGGCAGUACCCACAGCACUCCUCUUCAGACUUUGCACAUGACCACUGAGAACCAAGAGCGGGUGAAAGCUCUUUUGCGUGACCUUCAGGAGCCAGAGCUAGACACUGUGGCUGAUGAUGUGGGGUCAGAUUUGGAGGAAGACUAUGAAUAUAGCAGCUCUCAAGACGAGGAAGAUGAGGACAAAAGUGGUGAAUGCCGUGCAGCUGAUUCAGGAUUUGAUCUCUGGUCCUCACCACAAGAACCUCUGGAAGUAGCCGGGAACCUUUCUCCUCCUGUCCGUAUGUUACCUGAGGCAGUCAUAUCACCUUUUGCUAUUGGGAAAUUAUCUCGUUACGGUUUUGCCCGAGAAAGAUGUAUGGCUGCCUUGAGGACCCAUGAUGGAGAUGUUGGAUCAUCCCUUGAAUACUUGUUGCUGCAGUGUUUUUCAGAAGCUUUUGGUAUCCAGACAAAAACACCACGGAUGGCUGAUAAUAUUAGCAUGGAAGACAUCUUGGCAUUACGUCAGGAAGAAGCUUUUGUCCUCACCUCGAUAUGCGGAGAGAAGUUUAUUGAGAGGAUCCCAAACAGAGUAUGGACUGUGGGACUUGAGCUGGGCUACCUAACAGACAGACUUCAAAAACCCCGAAAUAAAGACCGUGCCAAAGAUGUAGUGACUACAACCCCUAAUAAUAUCUGCAAGUUUUUCUUGAAAGGAGAAAAUUGCCGAUUUGGGUCUAAAUGUAGAUUUAGGCAUGAAUCCCCAAAGCAAAAUAUGAAGGAUGACUCUCACCUAAGUGCUAAUGACGGCAAUUACCUGUAUGAGCUUGAAAUUCGUUUCCUUAUGGAUAAUAAAUACCCUUAUCAAGCUCCACUGAUAGCGUUUCAUUCACUCAAUGAGAAUCUGCCAAUGGGAUGUCGCCUACACAUGGCAGAGUACCUGUAUGAAAAAGCAUUGACAAUUGCCCACACUGGUGAACCAGCCGUCUACUCCCUUGUCAGCUCCUUGGAGGAUGAAGAUGAUAUUGUACAGUUACUUGCUAAUGCACAUCAUCGAUAUAGUAUUCCGCCACCUAUUAUACAGCCAACAUGUGAAGCUAAGAAACCCCCCAUAAUUGUUAACAAACCAAUGAACUCUGAAAAACGGACUUGUACUCCAGAAGGUAAAAAGGAGUUAAAUAUUAUGGCAGAAGAGUCUACUAAAUUUACUCAGACUGUACAGGAUGAGCUGGAUGACUUGGAAUCAAAGGCUGUGGUGGUAGAGAAUGAAAGUUAUGCCAAUCUUAAGAAGAAACUGGUCAAAAAAUACUGGAAUCCUAAAGUUUUUCUUGCAGAAAAUGCUAAGAUCUGUAAACACUUCAAGACAAAACAGGCUUCCAAAAGUUACCAGUCUAUGCUUCAAGAGAGGAUAAAGCUGCCAGCAUGGGAGCAACAAGAUGCAAUACUGAAAAACCUGGCAAGGCAUCAAGUACUGGUUGUUUGUGGAAUGACAGGAUGUGGUAAGACCACACAGAUUCCACAAUUUAUACUAGAUGCUUCUUUGCAAGGCCCUGCCAACCAUGUUUCCAAUAUUAUAUGUACCCAGCCGCGGAGGAUAUCUGCUAUUUCUGUGGCUGAACGUGUGGCUCAGGAGAGAGCUGAGAGAGUCGGUGUCUCUGUGGGUUAUCAGAUUAGACUGGAGAGUGUUAAGUCUUCAGCCACCAGGCUUCUGUAUUGCACAGCGGGAGUCCUGUUGAGACAGCUUGAAGGUGACAGCACUUUGCAUGGUGUCACUCAUGUGAUUGUGGAUGAAGUCCAUGAGAGGACAGAGGAAAGUGACUUUCUGCUUUUGGUGUUGAAAGAUGUCCUGAUUCAGAGACCAGACCUAAAAGUCUUGCUCAUGAGUGCCACAGUGAAUGCCGAGCUCUUUUCACAGUACUUUUCUAGGUGUCCAGUUAUUCACAUACCUGGUCGAACUUUCCCAGUGGACCAGUAUUUCCUGGAAGAUGCCAUUGCCAAAACCAGAUAUGUGGUUGAAGAUGGAAGCCCAUAUCAUCGCUCUUCUAAGCAUUCCUAUGCACAGGAGUCUUCUAAAGGAAAGAAAGGAAAGAGCUAUGGAGACAUUCUUGAAGAAUUAGACCAAGAUAUUCAGUCAGUCCUGAGGUUACAGGACACCAGGACGGUGAAGGACAGCAUGUCAGAUCAGCAGCUGAGUUUCAAGGAGCUCUCAGUCCGUUACAGCGGUGUUAGUAAAUCUGUCAUUAAAACCCUGUCUGCUAUGGACUUGGAUAAAAUUAAUCUGGAUUUAAUAGAAGCUCUCUUGGAAUGGAUAGUCAGUGGGGACCACUCUUAUCCACCUGGUGCUGUUUUAGUAUUUCUCCCCGGUUUUGCAGAAAUCAAAACGCUGUAUGAACAGUUGCAAUCAAACGCCUUGUUUAGUAUUAGACGUAAUAAAAGGUGUGUCAUCUACCCCCUGCACUCAUCCCUUUCCAGUGAGGAGCAGCAAGCUGUCUUCCUAAGGCCACCCCAGGGGGUUACAAAGAUAAUCAUCUCCACCAACAUUGCUGAGACCUCGAUCACUAUUGACGAUGUCGUAUACGUUAUUGACUCAGGCAAGAUGAGGGAGAAAAGGUAUGACCCAGGUAAGAGCAUGGAGAGUCUGGAGGACACUUGGGUGUCUCGAGCCAAUGCCAUACAAAGGAGAGGGCGAGCUGGUCGUGUAGCCUCUGGAGUUUGCUUUCACCUGUUCACCAGCCACCACUAUGAGCAUCAGCUGUUAGAGCAGCAGCCGCCAGAGAUCCAUCGAAUCCCACUGGAACAGCUCUGUUUGAGGAUAAAAAUUUUAGAGGUGUUUUCAGAAUGUCGACUGGAGACAGUCUUGUCCAGAUUAAUUGAACCUCCCGGGGUGGAAUCUCUGCAUGCCUCCAAAUUACGUCUUCAGGAUCUCGGUGCACUAACCCUGCAAGAAAAGCUGACACCACUUGGUUACCAUUUGGCCUCUCUGCCGGUGGAUGUGAGGAUUGGUAAACUCAUGCUUUUUGGUGCCAUAUUUCGCUGUCUGGACCCUGCCCUCACUAUUGCUGCCAGCUUGGCCUCUAAGUCUCCUUUUGUGUGUCCAUGGGAUAAAAAGGAAGAAGCAAACAAGAAAAAGCAAGAAUUUGCUGUAGGCAGCAGUGAUCACUUGGCUCUUCUCCAGGCUUAUAAGGCAUGGACCACAGUCAUCAGAGAAAACCCGCGGGCUGGUUACCAGUAUUGCCGAGACCACUUUUUGUCUUCUAGAGUGCUCCAGGAAAUAGCUAGUCUGAAACGACAGUUUACAGAACUGCUGUCUGACAUUGGCUUUGUGAGAGAAGGGAUUAGGGCAAGAGAUAUUGAGAAGAGAUGGUCUCAGAAGGGAGAUGGAGUAGUGGAAUCUACAGGGGAGGAGGCAAAUACCAAUGCAGAGAACAUCAAGCUAAUGUCAGCAAUGCUGUGCGCAGCUCUGUAUCCCAAUGUGGUCCAAGUGAAAACCCCAGAAGGCAAGUAUCAAGUGACAAGAGCGGGAGCCAUGAAAAUGCAACCGAAAGCUGAGGAGCUGAAGUUUGUUACCAAGAAUGAUGGUUACGUUCACAUCCAUCCCUCAUCCGUCAAUCAUCAGGUGCGACACUUUGACAGCCCGUACUUGGUGUAUCAUGAAAAGAUUAAGACCAGCCGUGUGUUUGUGCGAGACUGCAGCAUGGUGUCAGUGUACCCUUUGGUCCUAUUUGGGGGUGGACAAGUUAAUGUUGAGCUUCACAAAGGAGAAUUUCUCAUCUCGCUGGAUGAUGGGUGGAUCCGUUUUGCAGCUGCUUCACAUCAGGUAGCCGAAUUGGUGAAAGAGCUGCGCAGUGAACUUGAUCAGCUGCUGCAGGAUAAAAUCAAGAAUCCAACAAUGGACCUGUGCACCUGCCCCCGGGGCUCUCGUAUUAUUGCAAUGAUUGUAAAACUGGUGACAACACAGUGACGCAACAUAAAAUAUGAGGAUUCCCAAAUUGAAGUCAUUUUUGUCACCUUUGAGACGUUACCCCCUAUCCACAGGAUCAGAGAUAACUGUUAGGCCCCUUUCACACGAGCGAGUAUUCUGCACAGGUGCAAUGCGCCCGCACGGA